GGAGGAAGAGGAAGGUGGCAGCCAUUAGGGAGCAGACACAGGGCCAGUGACUUCUACAGCUCCACCACACACAGGUGUCACCAUGUCCGCCUCGGCUGUCUUCAUCCUGGACCUGAAGGGGAAGCCCCUCAUCUGCCGGAAUUAUAAGGGGGACAUUAAUAUGACGGAGAUCGAUCACUUCAUGCCGCUGGUGGUCCAGAGGGAGGAGGAGGGUAACCUGACGCCGCUUCUCAUCCACGGGAAAGUCCACUUCAUGUGGAUCAAGCACAGCAACCUUUACCUGGUUGCAUUAACCAAUAAGAACGCCAAUGCGGCUCUGGUCUACUCCUUCCUAUAUAAAGUUGUAGAGGUUUUCACAGAAUACUUCAAGGAGUUGGAAGAAGAGAGCAUACGUGACAAUUUUGUCAUUGUCUACGAGCUGCUGGACGAGGUGAUGGAUUUCGGGUUCCCCCAGACCACAGAAAGCAAGAUUCUGCAGGAAUACAUCACACAACAAGGCAACAAACUGGAAACUGCCAAGUCUCGAGUCCCCACCACGGUGACAAAUGCAGUGUCCUGGAGGUCUGAGGGACUUAAGUACAAGAAGAAUGAGGUCUUCAUAGAUGUGAUUGAAUCUGUUAACUUACUGGUGAACAGUAAUGGUAGUGUUCUACUAAGUGAGAUAGUGGGAAGCGUCAAGCUGAAAGUCUUCCUCUCCGGGAUGCCGGAGCUCAGGCUUGGAUUGAAUGACAGAGUCCUCUUUGAGCUUACAGGACGUAACAAGAAUAAGACCGUGGAGCUUGAAGAUGUGAAAUUCCACCAGUGUGUCCGGCUCUCCCGUUUCGAGAAUGAUCGCACCAUCUCAUUUAUUCCUCCAGAUGGUGACUUUGAGCUGAUGGCUUACCGUUUGAGUACGCAGGUCAAGCCUCUGAUUUGGAUUGAAUCUGUCAUAGAGAAAUUCAGCCACAGUCGACUGGAAAUCAUGGUGAAGGCAAAGGGUCAGUUUAAGAAACAGUCUGUGGCAAAUAAUGUGGAGAUUUCAGUUCCGGUUCCUAGUGAUGCCGAUUCUCCGAAAUUUAAGACCAGUGUGGGUAGUGCUAAAUACCUUCCUGAGAAAAACGUGGUUGUGUGGACCAUCAAGUCCUUUCCGGGUGGGAAGGAGUAUCUGAUGAGGGCGCACUUUGGGCUUCCCAGCGUUGAGACUGAAGAACUAGAAGGAAAACCUCCAGUUAGCGUCAAGUUUGAAAUUCCUUAUUUCACAGUCUCUGGAAUCCAGGUUCGUUACAUGAAAAUUAUUGAAAAAAGUGGAUACCAGGCGCUUCCAUGGGUGCGAUACAUUACUCAGAGUGGAGAUUACCAGCUCCGCACAAAUGCAUGAACGCAGCCCAGAAUCCAUCCUGAUGUUUUACUGCAAUAAAAAUCUGAUAUUUUUGUAUUUUAUAUUGCAUGGAAAACAACCAUUGAAUCUUCGUGUUACAAGGAACGGUCUUUAAUGUUGCAGUAAGAGAUGAG